CUCGAAUUCAAUACUUCCGUACUUCUACUCUCAAGCCACAAUCAGGUUGUGCAAUGACGUCUUUACAAUAAGUUCCACGGAGACUUACUCACACAAUGUUAUCCCAUUGUCCUCUGACUUUCUGUCGUUCUGCUGCCACCCUGGAGACAUUAUAAAUAUGCUCAAUACCGUUCUUCUCCCUCUUCACAACUCUUGAGUUGCUCGGGUCACUGAUAUGAACUAUCUCACCCCACCUUGUCGCUACUAUUUCGCCUUUUCUAUUGAUAUAGCUGCAACUCUGGAGCUGUACUGUGACGGAGGUGAUGAUGCUAUGUUGAAAAAGCUGUCCGGUCUGGAGAACAAGAAGUACGCUGGCUACUGCAUAGAGAGAGACCUUCCAACCGAGGGGGAUAAUAGCUUCCACACUAUUAAUAUUCGACCGGUGCAACAGGGCCUCACGAAGCGUUAUCCUCAAGAUCCUUACCGUGCACGGCCUGCAAUGUGCAUUCCUAUCCUCCCGGAGACUUUUCAUCCGCGGUCAAGGACUCCCCUGAAGCUUUCGAAGCCUUUGCCCUGGAACAAUUGUUACCACCCCACCUGCUACGAUAUCCGCGCGCGCAUACCCAAGGAACUACGCAAUUACUCGGAGACACCUCGAUUACGAUCUUCAACCCCUGUGAUCAACCAACCACUCAUACAAGAUGAAGAAUUCUACCGACUCCUCCGGGAUGGAAUAGGCGAGGAUCGAGUUUUAAGAAUUCUCGACGGUACAGAAGAGCGUCCAGACAUAUGCAUAGACACUUCAGACGACCCGUCGGAGACUUGUACAACCUUCCUAGCAAAGAUACCUGGAAAGGAAGAUCUUGAAGCAGACGACGGAUUUACGCCAGUUCUUCGUAUCGACCAUAACCUGACGAAUGUUCCGGAGAUAUACAAUCCGUCAGAACUGUGGGAAGACCGCGAUCUUUUUCGAAGAAUCGUGCACGAGUAUCAACUUUCACGAUACGCUCCGGUUCUUUUGGUGGGGCCACAGGAACCGGCACUGUCCAAGGAUGAUAUCACCCUUGAACCGUCUGGUGAUUCCAUGGAAGAUUUCGGCGGUUCUGGUUCUGAAGCUUCAGGUUCGUAUGGAGUUCGGUCGUUGCCUGAUUCGGAUGAGGUUUCCCAAACACCAGUCCGUCGUCGAAAAAGUGGGUUUCUCUCAGUUCACAGUGUGGCUCGUAAUGAUUUGUGCUUUCAAGGCAAAUGGAGAGUCAAGUCACCGAUCAAGCGGGCAAUUACAAAAUUUAUCAAACUCGUGAAGUGGCAGUCAUGAUUGCGUCCGUGGUAGGUAGACUAAGUAAACACCGUAUGUAUUUUGUCGUGCUGUGACUGAUUGACUUUCCCAAAUUGUGAAUCGUGAAAAG